UUUCCCACCCAACGAAAGAGGCAGCAACAUGUCUUCCCUUCGCCAGGACACAACUUUCAACCGCCUCGACACGCCAAAGCCGACUGUGCGCCUGCUCGGCCUGGGUUCGAGUCCGGCCGCUUGAUUCGAGUGACUGCCAAUGAAGGUGGAAACAAAGCCUCCACUCUCUUCCGGCCCUAA